AGCAUUCCAUUAUAUAGAGCGGCAGGAAGGAGUAUUCCUCCAUAACCGGAAGGUGUGUGGGAACGCGAUCAAGGAAAACCAUCACACAAUUCAUCAGUCAUAAAGUUGCUCUUUGCAGCGAAGACAAACAAGUGAUAACUACAAUAUAGAAGGUGGAGAGUAUUUUAUAGCGCAAUAAAAAGGCAGUUGGAGGCUAGAUACGAGUUCUAGAAACAGUCGGUCACUUCAUCACAGAAUACUACAAAACAUGAUCGCCCUUGCUCUAGGAGUAUUAAUUGCCUGCUCAGCAGUGAGUGGACUGCCUGGUCCCCGGCCAGGCCCUGCUCCACAGCCCCGCCCAGGCCCCUUAGCACGACCAGGGCCAGCGGCAGGCCCCCUUCCAGCUCCUGUAGCUGAUCCUUCCUUCGGAUUCCCAGGUUAUGGAUUCCCAGGUUAUGGAUUUCCAGGAUAUGGAGUUCCAGGAUAUGGAGUUGACGAGGUUAUAUAUGAGCCCUGUGUCUAUGGACCAUAUGAGCAGGUGUUCGAAACUCCAAUCGCGUAUCCGUACUUGUAUUGAAACAUAAGCACAUUGCAUAUAGUUCCUUUUAGUUAGUUUAUCGUUUUGUAUUAAAAAAUACAAAAUAAAGUCACAGCAAUUUAUGGUGAAA